AAGGUCUGGAAUCAUGCCUGAUUCGUUUUUCCACUGAAACUGAUCUGUUCCUCAGUCUUAGUAAACGGUAUAAACAGAUAUAUUUGUGUGUUUGGAGUCACAGUUUUCAAAAAGAGGACAAGUGAGAGAUUUUCUCAUCACAUUUUUUUUAAUCGGCUGUUGUUGUAGGAUCAGUAACUCUACGGGCGGUGGCAGCUUCUCUCCACAAACUGCGAAACUUUGAUUUUGAUUUAACUGGACAGAUUCUGGUUCCAUCAGUUGGAUUUUACAGGAUGUCAUGUGAUUGUCCUCGUUCCCUUUUCAGGCGAGACGAAGUGAAUCUGGACCGAGCUCCACCUUUUUCUAUCCACUAGGAGGAAGUAUUACACAACAGCUUAAUCAGCUGAGUCUUUAACUCGUCCGUUUUUAUCAAAACAAGAUGGAAAAAUUCCUUUUGUUGCUUAUUUUCUGUCACGUUUCAUCAUCUGUCAAACACUCCCUGAAGUAUUUCUUCACUACAGCUUCUGGAAUCCCAGAUUUCCCAGACUUUAUGGCUGCUGUACAUGUUGAUGACACUCUGAUAGGUUACUGCGACAGCAACUCAAAGACAGUGGAAAUAAAACAGGACUGGGUGAAAACCUAUUUAGAUAAUAACACUAAAGUCCUGGAAUGGCACACUAGAGAGUGUUCGAGAGAGAGUCGGCCUAAAACCUUCAAAGUUUGGAUUUCUAGUGUGAUGCAGCAUCUGAACCAAAGUGAAGGUGUUCACAUUUUACAGAGGAUAAAUGGCUGUGAAUGGGAUGAAGAGACUGAAGAGGUCACUGGUUUCAUGCUGUUUGGUUAUGAUGGAGAAGACUUCAUAUCACUGGACCUGAAGACACUGACAUGGAUCGCUCUGAAACCAGAGGCUGACAUCAUCAAACAGAGAUGGGAUGCUGAAGAAGCAAGAAAUGAACACCAUGAGAACUUCUUAACUGUGAACUGCCCUGAGUUACUGAAGACAUCUUUGGCUUAUAAGAAGAGCUUUCAGCUGAGAACAGCCCUUCCCUCAGUGUCUCUCCUCCAGAAGACUCCCUCCUCUCCAGUCAGCUGCCACGCUACAGGUUUCUACCCUGACAGAGCCAUGAUGUUCUGGAGGAAAGAUGGAGAGGAGCUUCAUGAGGACGUGGACCGAGGAGAGAUCCUCCCCAACCAUGAUGGAACCUUCCAGAUGAGAGCUGACCUGAACAUUUCAUCAGUCUCACCUGAAGACUGGAGGAGGUACGACUGUGUGUUUCAGCUCUCUGGUGCAACAAGGGACAUCAUCACUAAACUGGACCAAGCAGAGAUCAGGACCAACUGGGUGAAGCCCACCAACACGACCGUCCUCAUUAUUGUUGCUGUGGUUGUUGUUGCUCUCGUCCUCAUCGCUGUCACUGGAUUUGUGAUUUACAGAAAGAGAAAAGACAAACACCCUCCAUCUUCUCCUGAAAACAGCACUGAGCUCUCUGCCAAACUGGAUCCAGAACUGAGACUGUCAGACACCCUCAGUGAGUCACCUCAUAUAAACCAGACCCCAUAUGACUGAAGAGGACCUGCAGGAAGGUGUAGCUGACACAGUGGUGGUUCAGUGGUGGAGCAGAGUCUACAUGGAGGAGUCAUCAGAGGGAACCUUUACCUGUAAGAUCAGCCCAGAGUCAGUGUUUGAAGUCUGCAAAGCAACAUCUGGAAAAGACUGAUUUUGAAAACAGGUACUACUGGUUUGGGCCUUUCCACCCAGCAGACAUGCAGCUUUAUCUGAGAGUUUUCUCCUUUUUCCAGAUGUUGUCUCUUGAUUUCCACAUUUCCCUUUAACUGCUGUUUCUUAAUGACAUUUCAGACAAUGUAAACUUCAGGCUGGAAGUGUUUUGAUACCUUUGUAUCAGUUAGCUUUGGCUAAUCAGGCCACACAACUUUUUUUUUUUUUUUUUUUGUCUUACACAAUGUUACCAAUGUCAGAUUAAUAAUAGUGUCAUACAUUCUUGGUCUCGUCUGGACUGGGAGACUGACAACACUCUGACCAAUCAUUGUUCAUGUCCUCGCAUUUCACACUGUCCAGAGGUUGUUUUACAAGUAAUGUCCACAUCUCUAAACACAUCAAGAUCUUGAUCAUUUUUGAAUGAUAUUUUAUGGUUUUAGAAGAACUCCAUGAACUACAGGGUUCUGUAAACAUGGAGAUACUGAAAGCAGUUUUCACAAUCACUUCUUGUCAUGAAUUAUUCAAACCAUGUAACACAGGACGAGUGACACAAUCCAUCAAGAGUUUAUCAUAACAGAGGGGUUGCUAACUGGUGGUGAUAGGUAACACAGUGAUGGUGGUUGUAUUACUGAGCAGGUAUUCACAUGAAGCUGCCUGUUAAGACAGGUGGGACAGUGUUAGAGGACGGUGUCACCUGUCAGAGGACCCAGUAGAUUUACACAGCCUGAUACUCAUCAGGGCCUAAUGACAGCUCAAACAUCAUUUACAGUGACAUGAGAGCAUCUACAUUUUACUGUGAAUUUAUAAUCACAAAAGAAUCAAACUUAAAUGUAUUGUUUAUUUUUGUGCUGGUGUUUCACUUUUUAAUAAAGUCCCAGAUUUUCAAA